AUGCCCUAUAAAUCAACAGAUGCUUCCAAGUCUAAGCGAGUCAGGAGAGCCUACACUCCAUACCAACUUCUAGAGGUGGAGAAGCAAUUCGAUACUAAUACGUACCUGAGCCGAGCAGGGCGCAUCCAAGUGUCAGAUGAGUUGGACCUGGUGGAACGUCAAAUAAAGGGCCUUGUUCCAAAAUCGAAGGAUGAAGUACAAGAUAACAUAAUUAAUGGCUUUGUUACACAGUAUUUCCUUUCUCAAAAUUUGCCGAACUAUUGGAUAAUAUGUCAAUGUGAACUACAUACUUUGUAUUACAGCUGA